AUGAAAGCCAGUUUGAGCCCGUGCCCCAUCGCCUCACACACCAGGAGAAAAACCCACACGGCUACAGCUAUUCCGGGAUCCAACCCCAGCGCAGGGCCCCGGCGCAGGCGGACACCGGGGGGGUACUGGUCCAACUGGCUCCUCGUCAAGCUCAACGCCGAACAAAAACGCUUGGUGGUGAAAAAGAACCAGAAACUCCAUCGUGGCUGGUGGCUGGGAAAAGCUGAUCCAGCGACUCCUGGAAUGAGUGCACUAUCAUCCCGACCCUCACCUGCCCAAAGGAGCACAGUGGAUGAAAUAAUGAUGCAACAGAUCGUUUACUUCGACAAACGCAAAACUAACCAACAAUCUACUGGAACGACAACGGACAUGAUCAUCACUGUGACACUCCAUGCACAAGAUAUCAGCCCAGAUUCACACGUGGUCUACGUGGAGUUCCUAGGAAGGACAGUCAAAAAACCUUUAUUUGUUCAUUUGGCAUCCGCCACAUUUUUUCCACGUUUUCACGCUCUUUCUCUAAGAUACAUCGCAACUGCUAAAAUCGCCAGCAAUAUUCCGUUUGCCAAGGGCUUCAGAGACGGUGAUCCGGAGGACUGGCCCAGGAAUCAAUCAGGCCGGGCUCCUCUGCAAAUCAUGAGUGCAUUUGCUCGAACCAGGAACCCCAUGUCCUCUCCCCCCCACAGCAGAACGGCACCGAGAACGGACAGCAGGAGAGAAUACGAGCGUGACCCCAGCGGCACUACCCUCCAUUCGGACCCCACUCACCAGCUGAUGUCCCGAGUCCUCAGCCCGGCCCUUCCGGUCCUUGGCGCCCUGCACACACCAUGGCCCCUCACAGCCGGCCCUCGCAGCCCCCCGCACGAGCUGCCGGAAGGACACCCACAACCCCCAGACACCCUGCACCAUCAUCCAUACAAAUACCCAACCACCUACGAACACUAUCUGGGAGCCAAAACCAGGCCGUCUCCGUAUCCCUCACCGAGCAUCAGAAGCCACGGUUACCAUCCUCACAUGAACCCAGCCACAGCCAACAUGUACUCCGCAACGAGCGCGCCGACUAAUUACGAUUACGCUCCCAGAUAAUGACCCCAAAUCGGAUUCAGAUCGAGAGCCGUACUGAGAAAACACACACAAACCUUGAGUCCCAGACUCAUGAAACAUGUUGAGUUUUGGGUCGGGCACAUCUUUUGCAGUGGCUUCUAAACAUUGGAAAGAGAAGAAGCGGUCAUAUUUAUUGAUGGGAGAAAUGUCACAUGUCCUUGUGGAGCAUUAGGAUGAGCACUGUGGACCCAACAUUAGCUCUGGAUGGCAGGGCACCUGGAAACUGCAGCAUAACUAGUGUUUGGAGCAAGGAGACUUCUUUAGACAAAUAAUGCAUUAUCACGGACUGGA